AUGCCUGCGUUGCUAAUCUGGAUACUUCUGUUCGCUGUGUCCCGCGUGAGCGGAGCUACAAAUGCAUCUGGGAUUGAUCCCAUCGACAAUUACUGUGUGCGAUUGAAACACCAGUCCACAGUAAAAAAUGGGCGGUUGUAUAUUGAUGGAGGGUUGGAGGUCUUCGUGGAGAGGAACGACCAUGGACCAAUUAACGGCACUCAGAUCAUUGGAUACAACACCAACCUGAUCGAGAUCGACAUGACUUCAUCAUGGGACUGGAAGCAGAAUAUUUCCAUCAGGGCCAUCCCGAAGAAAUCAAACCCCAAAACCGGCGCGGAUCCUCCUGUAGUAGUCCGUGGCGCACUCUACGCGGGGGCAUCUUCAGACCAGAGCAUUUACCAGUAUGGUGGGGCUGUCUCCUACGCGAACACGAGCUUCCCAGGGCUUAGGCGACCGACUUCGUCGCAGUAUGCGCUGUGGUCUUACAACACCAGUCAAGAGGUCUGGGACCGGUACGAUGUCACGCUGGGCACCGAGUACCGUCCUGCAGGAGGAGCAUAUGCCGAAGCACAAGAUCAGGGACUGGCAUUUUAUCUCAACGGCUUUAUCAACAACGGGACGUCGAAUGAUCUAGAGCAUUGGGAUAAUUUCCGGCGCUACCUGGACGGAUUGAUCGUCAUUGAUACGCAUAGCCAGAUGGCGACCAAUAUAUCUACCAGCUCGCUAGCGAAUUUUCCUCGAGCCAAGGGCGGCAUGGUCUACAUUCCGGGUAUUGGACCUAAAGGCAUUUUAGUCGCGAUUGGUGGCAUCACCAAACCUACAAGCGAUGACAGCGCAUCAAGUGAGGGAAGCUAUGUGCCCUUUCAGGAAAUCGACAUCUUCGAUAUCUCGUCCGUGUUCGAAGGCGACGAUAACGGCCUCUGGUAUACCCAGAAAGCGUCCGGUGACAUACCUGCUGGACGGUCCGACUUUUGCAUAGUCUCCGUCUCUGCGAAGGACAAUUCCAGCCAUAAUAUCUACAUGUAUGGCGGCACCGGUAUGAACGGGACAUAUGAUCAGAUCUACGUCCUGUCCAUCCCAUCGUUCACAUGGACGAAAAUCUACGAGGGCACGUCCCCUCGAUACGGACACACAUGUCACUUAGUUGCCAAUAGGCAGAUGGUGAGUGUGGGUGGAGCGUCAUCGGACAACCUUUCGACCUGCGACUGGGAGUAUAAGGGCGUGGCGAUGUACGACCUCUCGACAUUGACAUGGGGCAGCGUGUACAACGCUCUUGCUCCUGAAUAUGAAGUGCCUGCUGCGAUCUACCGAGUUAUAGGCGGCGGGCCGAAAGGAAAUGCAAGCAAAAAAGCACCUGCCGACGGCUUCGACAUGCCACAGGUCGCUGGCUUAUUCAACCCUCUACCAAACAAUGGCAGCGCGAACGGACCCGAAUCGAUCGAAAAGCAGCUUACUCGCGGUGCCAUUGCAGGUAUCGUCGUCGGUUCCGUGGCGGGAGCGGCUCUGCUGACAGCAGCACUGUAUCUAAUGUACCAGAGGAAAGUGGAAGCAGACCGUGCGAGGCGAGCGGCGGCAGCUGCGGCCGAGGAGGAGGAGAAAUCGGACAUUUUCGCCAACGCAGUCUGGAUGGCCCGGCAUGAGCAAGCCCUGCCGGCAACGGUAGCAGACGAGGCGAUUCUGCAUGAAGCCAAUGAAGGCCACACACGAGCAUUGAGAGAGAGUCAGUUCAGACAUUGA